AUGACCAUUCUAACAAUGGAAUCGUUGGACAUACCACCAUCCAGUGCUUUUUCUAUAUUCAUUUUUGGCAUCAUCACAUACUGUUUAAUUUUGUUUUUUCACUCUACGUUACUUGUGACUAUUAUUGUAAAAAGGGAUCUGCAUAAGCCUAUGUACAUACUACUGCUUAAUUUGUCCAUAUGUGACCUAAUCGCAUCUACAGCUUUUUACCCACAGCUGGUUUGUAGUGUAUUGUCUCAGAACAGAGAAAUCUCUUACCCUGCUUGUGCCUUGCAAGGCAUUCUUUUUCACAUCUGUGGAAGUGCAUCACUCUUAUUUCUGUCUGUAAUGGCAUAUGACAGAUACAUUGCUAUUUGUAAGCCUUUGAGAUACCAUAAUCUGAUGACACGAGGUACCUUGGUGAAACUUAUUUUCAUGGUCUGGUCCAUAACUUUUUCUAUCAUUGGGAUUUUAUUCAUACUCACAAUAAGCAAAAAAAUCUGCAGGACAAAUAUCGUGGACACAUACUGUAAUAAUCCAUCUUUAUUGAAGUUAAGCUGUGAGGAUACAAGAGUGGUUAACUACUAUGGCUUAUUUACUAUAGCUCUUAUACAAGGCUCUUCCAUUCUGAUAGUAUCAUUAACAUAUAUCAAAAUCCUAAUUACCUGUCUUUCUAUAAAGCAGGCAAAAUCUACAAGUAAGGCAAUGCAAACCUGUGGGACACAUUUAGUUGUUUUUCUGAGUUUUGAGGUUAACACAUUCUUGCUACUGAUUUCCCACAGGUUUGAAGCAGUAUCUCCACACUUAAGAAGGGCCUUUGGUGUGUCAAUUGUUAUCUUUCCUCCCAUUCUUAACCCUCUAAUUUACGGGUUGAAAACAAGGGAAAUUCGGCAAACAAUUUUUAAUUUCUUAAAAAGAAAGAUUUCUUCAAUUUAA